CUCACCUCCUCCCUUCACCUCCUCCCUUCACAUCAUCCUUUCAUCUCCUCCAUCUGCAGGAAAUCUAAUCAGCUGUAUUGUUGAGAUACAGACCAGCUGCCGUGUUUACAGACAUCCCCCUCCUCCUCUUUGUCCUCGUCCUCUCUCCUCCUCUUUUUCCUCCUCCUCUGUCUCCUCCCUCCUUCUCUUUCUCCUCCCUCCUCCUCUUUCUCCUACUCCCUCUCCCUUACUUGUCAGGCUUCAGACUUCAGUCUGACUGUGCAGCUGGACGUGAAAACAUCAUCAACAACAAAGAGGAACUUAUCAGCAGUAAAUCAAAUUCAGACCCGUGCUGCUCAGCCAGCAGCUGUUGGUCGCCGUGACGAUGGCGAGCGGCAUCCUCAGGAUGGUUGGCAGCGUCUUUGUGACAUCUCUGACUGGUCCAAAAGAGAUCCUGAAACAUACCAGGUCGAGGAUCUACAGCAAACCUCCCAGAAACCGGAUUGGAGCCGGGCAAAGUUUCUUUGUCAUGUCGGUGUUCGCGGCGGCCAUGUUGGUUCCUGCUGCCUGGAUCCUCCAUCAUCUGCCGGAGUAUCGCCAGAGAUCCCGCCAGGCGCCGAAGGCCUGAACACCGCUCCUCCUCUUCAUCAUCUUCCUCUUCCUCACAAACAGCUGGAGGAAGUUCUGUAAUUGAUAAAUGUAUCAGAGGAUUACUUCACAUUUCAUGGUUGAUAUU